UAAUAGUAACCAGAUAUUCUUAUUAAUCAGCGUUGUUCUUGAAUCCGACUGCAUUUCUCGCUUACAUUCUUUCUCUCUCCUCGAAAAAUCUAGCAGUUGAACUUUAACUGUAAUUUUCUUCAAGAUUUUACUUAAUUUAGCUCAUUAACCCUCUUAUAAACCCUACAUUUUUUUUUCCACACCUUCAAAAAUGGCGGCUUCUCUUUCUAUCCCACCUUCAUCUCCUUCUAUUUCCUCUGAUUUUAACUCUCAUAAAUACGCAUUUGGGGUUUAUCCGGUGAGAAUCGGAUUCAAUUCGCCGAUUUUCGGGGCGAAAAAUCGCACAUUUGAGCUCAAUUGUAUGAAAGAUAAAUCCAUGGAUGUUAAAACUGGAGCUUUGGUUGAUGCAGAGUGUUUCAAUGAAAUGGAGGUUAAGGAGCCAAGUGUUGCGACAAUGUUAAUGAAUUUCGACAGCAGUUUUGAUCCUUAUGGUUCGAUGAGCACACCAUUGUAUCAGACAGCCACUUUUAAGCAGCCAUCAGCAACAGAUAAUGGUCCUUACGAUUAUACAAGGAGUGGGAAUCCUACACGUGAUGUCCUAGAAAGACUCCUGGCACAGCUGGAUAAGGCUGAUCGAGCGUUCUGCUUUACUAGUGGAAUGGCUGCUCUUGCUGCUGUCACUCGUCUUAUUGGAACUGGCCAGGAAAUUGUUGCCGGAGAUGAUAUAUAUGGUGGAUCUGAUCGAUUACUAUCACAAGUUCUUCCAAAAACAGGAAUUGUGGUGAAACGAGUGAACACAUCUGAUUUAGAGGAAGUAGCAUCAGCAAUUGGACCUUGGACAAAGCUUGUCUGGCUUGAGAGUCCAACCAAUCCUCGACAACAAAUAUGUGAUAUUCGUAAAAUUUCAGAGUUAGCUCAUGCACAUGGUGCUCUUGUACUGGUUGAUAACAGCAUCAUGUCUCCGGUUUUAUCCCAGCCAUUGGAACUUGGUGCAGAUAUUGUGAUGCAUUCAGCUACUAAAUUUAUAGCUGGGCACAGUGAUAUUAUGGCUGGCGUUCUUGCUGUGAAAAGGGAAAGUCUGGCAAAAGAAGUGUAUUUCCUACAAAAUUCUGAAGGCUCUGGAUUGGCUCCAUUUGACUGUUGGGUUUGUUUGCGAGGCAUCAAGACCAUGGCCCUCCGUGUUGAAAAGCAACAGGAUAAUGCACAGAGGAUUGCUGAAUUUCUCUCUUCUCAUCCAAGAGUUAAGAAGGUCAACUAUGCUGGACUUCCUGAUCAUCCUGGACGGUCUUUGCAUUAUUCUCAGGCCAAAGGUGCAGGAUCUGUGCUUAGUUUCCUUACUGGUUCUGUUGCUCUCUCAAAACAUAUUGUGGAGACAACCAAGUAUUUUAGCAUUACUGUCAGUUUUGGGAGUGUGAAAUCACUUAUAAGUUUGCCGUGCUUCAUGUCACAUGCCUCCAUACCAGCUGAAGUUCGUGAAGCCAGAGGUUUAACUGAAGAUCUUGUCCGCAUUUCAGUGGGCAUCGAGGAUGUGAAUGAUCUAAUUGCUGAUCUGGAUCAUGCCUUUAAAACAGGACCUGUUUAGCAAAACAAUUUUUUUUUAUUAAAAAAAAAAUCUUAAUUGUGAAUAUUUAAAUUUAAUUAUAAACUUCUCCAUUGAUUAUGAAGUUAAUACGAAGUAAGAUUUUAAUUUUUCAGUCCCAGUUUGUUGGAGUUUAAAACUGGCCUGGCAGUGAAAA